CAAAGAAAAAGAAAAUUAUCCAUUUUCUAUCUCAUUUUCUCUGCAUUUUUUCUCGGGAACCAAACAGAAAGCUUGAGCUUAGCCAUGGAGGGGAGAAUCGUGACGCCGAGAGGAGUCCCACUGAAAAGAGUAACGAUGUUAAGAAACGGAACGAAGAAGACGAAAUGGUAUUGGAAAUUGAAAUGGGGGAUCCGAUUAAGAGCCAUAAAAAAUGCUCUGUCUUCUUCCUUACACAACCAGCGCCGCCGUUUGACAUGUGCCACCGCCACCGGCCAACUAACUCCCGUCAACGGUGCAGUGUCGCCGCUUGUAAUUCAGCCAUCGAAAUCAACCUCUAAGAAAAACGACCUCCGUUUGGCAAAGCCACUCGCCUCGCUCCUCCGUAUGCCACAACGCGCCGCUGACUUCGUCGACUACGGCAACCACAUGACCCCAACAUUCUCCCCUCGUGAUAAAAUCGCCGAUGUAUGGCGUGACCUCCACGGCGGUUCUAAUUGGGAAGGUCUCCUAGAUCCCCUCCACCCCUUCCUCCGCCGCGAGCUUGUUAAAUACGGCGAGUUCGCUCAAGCCACCUACGACGCUUUUGACUUCGACCCACUUUCUGAAUUCCGCGGCAGCUGUAGAUACAACCGCCAUAAGCUCCUCCACGAAUUGGGUCUGGCUCAAAACGGCUACAAAGUGACUAAAUACAUCUACGCAUUGUCCCCUGUUGACGGUCCGGAUUGGUUCGAGAGUUCCAAAAUCGGCGAGGUGUGGAGCAGAGAUUCGAAUUGGAUGGGGUUUGUAGCCGUUAGUAACGACGAGGAGAGCGAGAGAAUCGGGCGGCGGGAUAUCCUCGUGGCCUGGAGAGGAACCGUAACCCCAACGGAAUGGUACAUCGAUCUGAAAACCAAGCUGAAAAAAAUCGACCGGAGCGACAGGAAAAUCAAAGUCCAACGUGGGUUCUUAACAAUUUACAAAUCGAAAGACGAGGAAUCAAAAUUCAACAAAACCAGCGCGUCAGAGCAGGUAAUGGAGGAGCUACAUAGACUAAUCGAUUUCUUCACACAAAAGGGCGACAGAGAAAUCAGCCUAACAAUUGUCGGACACAGCCUAGGCGGCGCGCUGUCGCUUCUGACAGCCUACGAGGCAGGGGCAUCAUUUCCCGACAUCCACGUGAGCGUAAUAUCAUUCGGAGCGCCAAGAGUGGGGAAUUUAGCAUUCAGGGAGAAAUUAAACGAGAUGGGUGUGAAGACACUCCGCGUAGUGAUACGACAGGACAUUGUCCCCAAGCUUCCGGGGCUGUUCGUGAAUUCGAUUGUGAACAAGCUGAGUGCAGUGACAGGGAAGCUGAAUUGGCUGUACAGACAUGUGGGGACGCAGCUGAAAAUGGACAUGUACAUGUCGCCGUACUUGAAGAAGGAGUCGGACAUGUCGGGGAGCCAUAAUUUGGAGAUAUAUUUGCAUUUGGUGGAUGGGUUUGUGAGUAGGAGGGGGAAGUUCAGGUGGAAUUCGAGGAGGGAUGUGGCGUUGGUGAACAAAGGGAGCGAUAUGCUUGUGGAAGAGCUGAGGAUUCCGGAGUUCUGGUAUCAGUUGCCGCAUAAGGGAUUGGUGAAGAACAGGUUUGGGAGAUGGGUUAAGCCUGGGAGGAACGCUGAGGAUAUUCCUUCUCCCUUCUCUCGUCCUUCCAAUAUUUGAUUGUUCUUUUGUUUUUCUGAAUUGUUCAUCAACUACAUCAUUCUUUUGUUUUCUUUAUUGCUGUUGUGUUUUAUCUAAUUACUUUAUACCAUUUAACAUCAAAAGAUUUAGAUUCAAAA